AUGUCGUCUCAAGUUCAGAAACGAAAGCACAAAACACUGACAAUUAAAGAAAAAUGUGAUAUUUUAGACCGCCUAAAUCGUAAUGAAUCUUUCAGUAGUUUAGCAAGUGAAUACGGCGUAGAACGAUCUACAAUUUAUGACAUUAAAAAAAACCACGAGAAGAUUAAACAGUUCGUGUCAACUACUGACUGUGGGCCAGGCAAGAGACAGACACUCAAAAAAGCUGAACAUCCAGAGGUGAAAAAGUUAUGGCCAGAUAUAGUCGCCACUCCUACCAACGAUCCACAAAUCAGUGUACCUUCGGAAGUAAUAGAGCAAAUUGCUGCUGAAACACAAAUAAGUCCGGAAAAUUUGGAAACCUGGUGCCGUGGAAUAGAUAAAGAGGAAAAUAUUUUUCACGAAAUGUCUGACGACGAGAUUAUAAAAGAGAUUUCUAGAUAUACAACAAUAAAUCAGGAAGAUGACGACGAAGUAAUUGCAACUACUCCGCAAGUGAAAGCAGAAGAAGUAUUAACGCCUUUGAGCUGGGUUUGCAAUGGGCUGAAUAAAAUGGUGCAUCCUACAACGAACUUCUACUUUUGA